AUGUCGCUCCGCCUGACGAACAUGGACUUCAAGCCGGGAGCGAAGUUGGCCUCGGAUGCAAACUUGUCAGAGGUGGCAGCAGAGCGAGGCAUCGAGUUCUUCCUGGUUGCCUUCGUGGACUUGAAAGGGGUGCUCCGGACGAAGAUGGUGCCUGCAAGCGCUAUCAAGCAGAUCCAGCGUGACGGAGCUGGAUUCGCCCCAGCAGCGACUCACAUGGAUUUUGGCCCUGAAGCAGCGGACAUGAUCGUGAAGCCCGAUGCGAGCACCUUGCUGCAGGUGCCAUUCCAAACAGAAAUGGCGGUGGUCAUGGGCGACUGCUACAUUGAAGGCCAAGAGGUGAUGCAGUCUCCUCGGGCAGUGUUGCGCCAGCAGAUCGCGGAGAUCCAGAAGCGUGGAUACGUCUUCAAGACCGGUGUGGAGGCCGAGUUCUUCCUCCUCGCGCCGCAGUCGCAGGGAUGCCAACUGGCGGUGUCCGACCAGGGCGAUUCUUUGAGCAAGCCAUGCUAUGAUGCUCAAUCCAUGAUGCGGCGGUAUGGGCUGCUGACCGACAUCGUAUGCACUCUGAACAAGUGUGGCUUCGGCGUCUACCAGACUGACCACGAGGAUGCAAAUGGCCAGUUCGAGAUCAAUUGGCACUACCAGGACUGCAUGACCACCGCCGACCAGCACAUCUUCUUCAAGUGGGCUGUGAAGACGCUGGCAGAGCGACACGGCUUCUCGGCAACCUUUAUGCCCAAGCCAUUCAGCACCUUCAGUGGCAAUGGCUGCCACAUUCACUGCUCACUCUGGGCCGGCGAGAAGAAUGUCUUCGAG